AACAAAUCCUCAGCGGAGUUCAAGCAAUUAAGUGACAACGUUACCACGGCGCUCAACACAAUCUAUUCAGAGAAAUAUGGAGCUGCCUUCAAUCGAACUUUCAUCAAAGGCUUCCGUCAAGGAUCCGUUGUUGUCGAUGCUGUUCUGAUAUUCAAUAAUGGGACUACACUGCCUAAUGCCAGUUCUGUGGCGAAAACUUUGGAGACUGCUUCGUCCAGCUCAAAUUUUUCCCUCAGUGUCAACACAUCUUCUAUUACUGCAUCUGGACCAGUAAAUGUAACCACAUCGCCACCAGUCUCCACAAUGCCACCAGCUCCAGCAACAAUGGAGCCAAAAAUUGAGCUGGGAUUUAAGUUGCAGCAAAACUUUACAUCACAACUUACAAACAAAUCCUCAGCGGAGUUCAAGCAAUUAAGUGACAACGUUACCACGGCGCUCAACACAAUCUAUUCAGAGAAAUAUGGAGCUGCCUUCAAUCGAACUUUCAUCAAAGGCUUCCGUCAAGGAUCCGUUGUUGUCGAUGCUGUUCUGAUAUUCAAUAAUGGGACUACACUGCCUAAUGCCAGUUCUGUGGCGAAAACUUUGGAGACUGCUUCGUCCAGCUCAAAUUUUUCCCUCAGUGUCAACACAUCUUCUAUUACUGCAUCUGGACCAGUAAAUGUAACCACAUCGCCACCAGUCUCCACAAUGCCACCAGCUGCUAAUACUACAGCUGCCCCCAAUGCAACAGGCGCUACCACUGCUGCAUCAACAAAUCCUCCCACAUCUAGUGAAGGAACGAUUGGCCUUAAGUUUAGUCUCAACCAAACAUUUACAUCAGAUCUUGCAAACUCAUCCUCAACGGCGUUUCAGAAUUUGACUGCAGACGUGGUCCGGGAGCUAAACAAAGUGUGUACAAGUCUGUAUGGGUCAUCAUUCCUUCGCAGCAUUGUUCACACAUUCACGAAUGGAUCAGUGGUUGUUAACACCACCCUUGUGUUCAAAGAUAAGAGCUCAGUUCCAUCAGCAAGCAAUGCAACUUCACAACUCAGCAGUGCACUUACGAGCAACUCCUCCCUGAACGUUGUAUCAGGCAGCGUUGAUGCAACUUCUUCUUCUGUUGCUGUUACAACUGCUGCACCAUCUACAUCAACCACCAUUGCAUCAACCAAUCCCCCUACAUCCAGUGAGGGAACCUUUGGACUUAUUUUUAGUCUCAACCAAACAUUUACUACCGAUCUCUCCAACUCAUCCUCAGCAGCAUAUCAGACUUUGGCUGCAAAAGUGGUCAAAGAGCUAAACAAAGUGGGUACAAGUCUUUUUGGAUCAUGUUUCCUUCGCUCCAUCGUGAACACAUUCACGAGCGGAUCAGUGGUUGUCAACUGCACCCUUGUUUUCAAAGAUAAGAACUCAGUUCCUUCAGCAAUCAAUACAACUCAACAAAUCAUUAGUGCACUUAUGAGCAACUCCUCCCUGGACAUUGUCCCAGGCGCAUCUUCAAGCAGCCCUCCUCAGCCCACAAUGGGCUCACUGGUAGUCUUCUCAUUAACACUGCUGGCUGUAGCACAGAUGCUGAUAGACUUAUAACUGAAACCCAAAGUUGACACACUAACAUUGGCAAUAGCUUAUGCUAUGCUAUCAAGUUUGGGAAAAAGCAAUGUAACACUGAAUUGAAAACAAGACGUAACAAGUGUGCAUAAUGAA